GCUUGCUCUCUGUGCCUUCCAGAGGAAAAGAAACUGAAACAAAACGAGGAGUUUAGGAGAUUUACUUCUCAAAAGACAUAAUCUCUGGGCUGGGGCUCCCUAAAGGUUUUGGAGUGUUGUUGAUAAUUCUGCUUUUGCUGUUUUGCUUUGGUUGGUUUUAGCAUUGCUGUUAAGUUCGUGUUAAGAAAGAACGAGAUGUGAAAAUAGAACCUGGAGAAAAGAGAGGUCCUUGAUCACUGGUGGAAAAUCCCUUGUCCUGGGAGUUCUGAAAUGCAAAAUACAACUGCUGUGACCAGGAGUGAUAUUUGAAGAGCUGUCUUAAAAAGGAAGAAAGAAAAACAGUUAGGGAAGGCAGGAUGUUCCACUCCAUAAUGCCUGUGAUGAGCCUCUCCAUGUCAGACAACAUCACACAUUCAACUACCCUGGUGACAACACUGGAAAAUGUGACAACUUUGUCCCCCACAACAAUACAGGCAAUCAAUGACACAAACAUCACUGUGCCACACAAGUGCCUGUUGUUGCUCUAUGAAGACAUUGGGAAGUCAAGAGUCCGCUAUUGGGAUCUUCUGUUGCUGGUUCCCAAUGUGCUUUUCUUUAUGUUUCUGCUCUGGAAGCUUCCCUCUGCCAGGGCCAAAAUCCGUGUGACUUCCAGCCCAAUCUUCACUACAUUCUACAUCCUGGUAUUUGUGGUGGCUCUAGUUGGUAUUGCCCGUGCUGUUGUCUCCAUGACUGUGAGUGCCUCUGAUGCUGCCACAGUUGCUGAUAAGAUCCUGUGGGAGAUCACAAGGUUCUUCCUUCUGGCGAUUGAACUGAGCGUGGUGAUUCUAGGCCUUGCCUUUGGUCACCUGGAGAGCAAGUCGAGUGUGAAACGUGUUCUGGCAAUCACUACAGUGCUGUCUCUGGCAUAUUCUGUCACCCAGGGCACCCUGGAAAUCCUGUACCCUGAUUCCCAUCUCUCAGCAGAAGACUUCAAUAUCUAUGGCCAUGGGGGCAGACACUUCUGGCUUGCCAGCUCCUGUUUCUUCUUUCUGGUCUAUUCCUUGGUGGUGAUUCUUCCAAAAACUCCUCUGAAAGACCGGAUUUCUUUGCCCUCCAGGAAGAGUUUCUAUGUGUAUGCUGGAAUCCUGGCACUGCUGAACCUGUUGCAGGGCCUGGGCAGUGCCCUCCUCUGUGUGGAUAUCAUAGAAGGACUGUGCUGUGUUGAUCUUACCACGUUCCUUUACUUCAGCUUCUUUGCACCUCUCAUCUAUGUGGCUUUCCUGAAAGGCUUCUUUGGGUCUGAACCAAAGAUCCUCUUCUCCUACAAAUGCCAGGUGGAUGAGCCUGAAGAUGUGGAUGUGCACCUACCCCACCCUUAUGCUGUUGCCAAGAAGGAAGGACUGGAUUCUGGGUUCUACUCAAGCACUCAGAUUGACACCACAGCCUACCUGGAUGAUGUGGCCUCCAUGCCCUAUCACGUGGGCAGCAUCAACAGCACAGACAGUGACCGCUGGAAAGCCAUCAAUGCCUAAGGCAGGGCUACCCACUUCACACACUGCCUCAGUCCUUUCCUCCCAAACCUCCUGAUACCACAGCUGUUAGGAUGUCUGUUGGAAAUCUGUCCUUGGCUAUCUGCCAUGGCUUUCCUCUUUUCCUUGGGAUUUCUGAAGCCUCUUGUGGGAUUAAGCUGGCAGCUGAAAUCCUGUCGGAAAGAACAUUUUCUAUUGCUGCCUGAGAACAGUGUAGAACAUUUUUGGUCAUAAAUGUAUAAACACUGAACCUUCCUGAUCCUCUGUGUCCCAGAUGUGAAUAUGACCCAGAAGACAGGCCCUCUUCCUUUUCAAUGACUGAAAGCACUUGUCUGCCAGUUAAGGGAAUGGUGUUUAGGGAAGGGGGGCAGUGAUUUGACUGCUGUAUUGUACAUAUAUAUUGAGAUAGUAUGGUGGCUGAGGCCAAAGAUGGUCUUCCUGGGCUUUUCAAGCAGCAUGGCUGCUUGGGUCUUGUCAUGCAAUAGCAUAGGUGGUGAUAGCAGUGUAUGAAGAGGGGAGCUGGUAAGCUGGGCUCCUCUCUGGUCUCAGCUACUACUGAUGAAAAUAAUGAAUUGCAGUUGCUAGGCUUUAAAAUGAGUGUUUUGAGUGUGUGGGAAGGAGAGAAGAGGGAUGAAGAGGAAUGAACUGUUCUUUGUGCCCUGAGAGCAUUCUGGGGGGCCAACAGCUAGCAGCAUGGAUGUGAACUGACUGAAAAAUAGGGAGACAGAAGGACAGACAGUGCUGCUGCCUAGCUGAGCUGAAGUAGCUGUAAAACAGUCUGGAGGCUGUACCACUGUGCAGCUGAGCUGACAGGGAAAUCUAGGUAACAACACUGAAUCAGGGCCAAGUUUUGAGAAUAAACCAUCUGAGGUAGGUGCAUUUUCCAUCUGCACCUUGCUUCAUGGCUCUGACAGGGUCCUGGAGAGUGCUGUUAAGGAGGAAGCUGGUUCUGCAGAUGAAGGCUCCAGAGAUAGUGAGGAGCUUGAGGCAGAGCAGAAGCCCAUGAUGAGUCUGAGCUGUCAGUAUUUAGUGACUGGAAACUCUAAAAUGCCAUAGGUGUGCUAGAGUCAAGCUGGCUGGUGUUCUAAGUUGGGAGGCAAGUUUCUCUGGUAGUGUCCUCAUGUUGCAGUUCAUAUUCCCAGAUUUCUGCUGGUUCUGAGAUUUUAUGGCUCAAUGCAUUGAAAAUACUUACGUGCAUGUGGAGUGUGGUUCCUGUAAAGGCUAUCUGGAACUUCUUAUCAACCCCUUCCAUCCUGGAAAAGGGACUACUGUUGUCUGAGCUGUCUGGCAAGCACUUCCAAGACACUGUGUUCACAUCCAGGGACUGUUCAGCUGAAAGCUGCAUCAGGCUGGUUUCUGGGGCAUACUGUGCUCUCCAAAGAUGAAGAGUUGUAUUCCUGUAGCUUUGGGGUGUGAUCUGCUAUAAGCAAUAGCAACUUUCCAUGAGAGAUUGUAGAAGGAGGGAAUUUGAAAUGUUUGGGGACUGUGUGAAUCUCUUGCCCCAAUUCACUGUUAUUACUGAAGAAUACUGAGGUGAGGGUUUCUGUGAAAUCAUCAUGCAGGGUGCAGCAUGGGGGUGUUAGUCUGGAUCACAAGCAGAUAGGGGAAAGCAUUUGCCACCAGGUCUUCCUACCACAAGGAAAUAAAGUUUGGGUAAGAACACGAAGUUCAUGUUGGUUGCCAAAACUAUGCAGGCCCUUUGCUUAUCUAUUUUUGUUAAUGAGGAAUGCAGCCUCUGUUCUGUCUGCGGACUUUGGGCUGCCGACCUUGAAGUAGCACUGGCACCUUGAAAGCAGCACCCCCUUUUUUCUUUUCUUUUUUUUAAAUUUACUCUUGAUGAGAAAAGUCUCUUAGUCCAUGUGCCAGAGCUGAAUUGUCUCUUGUAGGUCAACAGUGUUUAACGUUUCCCUUCCACCCAGUGACUGUGGAAGGGCUGAGCUGGCAAGUGGCCAAGUCAGCCCUCACCAUGUUAGAGAAGUGUUCCAUGCACCUCCCAUCACUUGCUGUGAAUCAGCCUGAGCCAUGCUUGCUUGCUUGCUUGCCUCUUCUAACAGGGAUGGAUGAUGUGGUGCCUGAUUUGUCUUGCUGCUGCUGCUGCUUCUGAUGCUGCUCACAGCACUGAACCCAAGCUGCUGUUAGAAAGUGCAAAGCUUCCCUGGAGCUGGUGGGCCUUGGGCAGAGCCAAGACAUAUUAAGGUCUUAAAGCAGUUAAGAAAUAAAAUAGCAACUGCUUUCCCAUCCCAAGGAGUAUUUGCUUGCUGUCAGCACCCUGACCCAGAGGACUUAUCUGCCCUCCUUGGGGAUGUGAAGGGCAGGUUAGGAAUUUGCCUUUUUAUCAGAUGAAUUCAGUGCUGAAGGAUCACCUGAGUAGAGGUGGUCAGUGUGUCCAUCCUGUCCUUUGCUGGCAGGGCUCCAGUAUUUCUGGAGUGCCCCAUGUUCUGCUGCUGAGGAGCUUCUGUGCUAGGUCAUGGACUGACCUUCCUCCUGUUGUAUUUUUAUGUAUAUAUAAUGCUUUGGGCCAUAUUCAAAAUGGUCCUUGAGCACAAGUGUGUUAUGUGUGUGGGGGGAUGCAAAGAGAGAAAAUAUAAAAUAAAUGUAUAUUUUUGUUUGUAAAAUAAAGAAAUAAAAUUAAGUUUGGCAUAAAUGGUCAUACUUUCUUUCUCAAAUGGAGAGAUUUUUUUUUUAAAGCCCUGAACAAAUCUGGCAGAUAAUGCAAAAAUUUGUCUUUGUCAGAGAUGAAUUUUUUUUUCUUCUUGGAAAGAUAUUACUUGGACAGCAAAUAAAUGCAGAGAGUGGUAUCCAGA